AUGGGUGGAUUUCUUUCCCAUCUGAAACCAACUAACAAUGAGGAAGUCCUCAACGCGACUUGUGGACCAAUCCGUGGGAAAAUUUAUAAACACGGAGAGAGAAUAGUGGACGGAUAUCUAGGUAUUCCGUAUGCGAAACCACCUGUCGGAGAGCUUCGUUUCAAAAAACCAAUAGCCGCUGAGAAAUGGACCAACCCUUUGGAUUGUCAUGAAUUCGGGCCGGGAUGUCCACCAGCCGGGAACUGUCAUUAUGUGAGUGAAGGUGUUUCAAUCAGAUUCUUAAUUAAUUACAAUACAUGUGACGAGAAGGUAGGAACGGCCGGGUAA